GUGGACAAUUUCUCCAUCUCUGCAAGAGGCAAGGAUCUUUUUGUAAAUGCUAGUCUCACAAUUACAGCUGGUAGGCGCUAUGGUCUUGUUGGGCCCAAUGGCCAUGGCAAAACAACAUUGUUGAAGCACAUUGCUAACCGUUCCUUGAACAUUCCACCGAAUAUUGACGUCCUACUUUGUGAGCAAGAGGUGGUUGCGGAUGACACCCCUGCUGUUGAAGUUGUCCUCAAGGCUGAUGUAAAACGCACGGAACUUCUAGAAGAGCAGAAAAAGUUGGAAGAUGAUGCAGCUCGGGGCAAUCUGAAAAAUCAGGACAGGCUUACCGAGGUGUAUGAGGAAUUGCAGCUGAUUGGUGCUGACUCGGCAGAAGCCCGAGCUCGGCGAAUUUUGGCUGGUUUGGGUUUCACUCGUGAGAUGCAAGAUAGGGCUACCAAACAGUUUUCUGGUGGUUGGAGGAUGAGAGUGUCUCUUGCCAGGGCCCUUUUUAUUGAGCCUACGUUGCUUUUGUUGGAUGAACCGACCAAUCAUUUGGACCUGAAUGCUGUGAUUUGGCUUGAUAACUAUCUUCAAGUUUGGAAGAAAACUCUUCUGGUUGUUUCUCACGAUCAGAGCUUCUUAGACAAUGUUUGCACAGAUGUAAUUCAUCUAGACAACCAGAAGCUUUUCUACUACAGAGGAAACUUCAGUCAAUUUAAGAAAAUGUAUGUUCAGCGAAGAAAAGAACUUGUCAAGGAGUAUGAGAAGCAGGAGAAAAAAAUCAAGCAGAUGAAGGCUUCUGGCAUGUCAAGCAAAACUGCUACAAAAACCACAGUACAGGCUCUGACACGGAAGCAGCAAAAGAACAAGCAGAAGCUGCAGGGUACAGAGGAAGACAAUGGCCCUGCAGAGUUGAUCCAGAGGCCCAAAGACUACAUCGUGAAGUUUAAGUUUCCAAACCCACCGCCACUGAACCCACCCAUCCUUGGCCUUUAUAAUGUCACAUUUGGAUACCCAGGACAGUCGUUGCUCUUCAAGAACCUAGAUUUUGGUAUUGACAUGUCUUCCAGAGUUGCUGUUGUCGGGCCGAAUGGUGUUGGGAAAAGUACAUUUCUCAAGCUUCUUUGUGGAGACUUAACUCCGCUGCAAGGGGAAGCUCGAAGAAACCAUAGGCUGAGGAUAGGUCGUUUUGAUCAGCACUCCGGGGAGCAGCUGAAUCCUGAUGAAAGUCCCGUUGAGUACCUUCAGAGGCUGUUCAACCUCAACUACCAGGAUGCACGCAAGCAGCUGGGUAGCUUUGGACUAGUGAGCCAUGCACACACAAUAAAAAAUAGUGAUCUCUCAGGUGGCCAGAAGGCACGAGUGGCCUUGGCUGAGCUGUGUCUACGAGCUCCUGAUGUGCUGAUUUUGGAUGAACCUACAAAUAACCUGGACAUUGAGUCAAUUGAUGCCUUGGCAGAGGCCAUCGGAGAAUAUGAAGGAGGUGUCAUCAUUGUGAGUCACGAUGAGCGUCUCAUACGUGAAACAAAUUGCCAACUAUGGGUGAUUGAGCACAAAGGAAUUGAAGAAAUUGAUGGAGACUUUGAAGAUUACCGCAAGGAACUUCUGGAGUCUUUAGGGGAGACUGUUAAUAACCCAAGUAUAGCUGCACGCCAAGCGAUGGAGUAAUAAAUUUUUGCUUUUUAUUUACAGCAU